AUGGACAUUAAAGAAUCUUCGGGAUAUAAAGAUUUCGUAUGGGCGGUUGAAAUGCAUCGAUUAGGUUUGGAAAUUAUAGGCUUGUGGCCUAAAAAUGACAGGAUGAAAAGUUUGUGGUCGAGACUUCAUGCGGGCAUCAUUUUAAUAUUAUUAAUAUUUGUUUCUAAUGUUCCAAUGAUAUUUGCAAUUAUGCAUGCUUGGAGCGAUAUGGUACUUGUAAUAGAUAUUUUACAUAUUACAUUACCUCUGUUAACAGUACCAGUAAAAUACAUUAUCAUGCGAACAAAACGAAAAGUUUUUUUGUCGAUUGUGGAUAUGAUGGCAGAAGAUUGGAUGGCAUUUAAGUCGAAUAAAGAAAGAAGUGUGAUGAUAAAACGAGCACGAACUGCUCGAUUGGUUGUAAUCAUUGGAUAUAUUUUCUCUAUAAUCGCGAUGUCCACCGUAAUCAUUUUUCCUUCUUUUGGCAUACAAGUAAUACACAUAUCGAAUUUGACAGAGAAUCAGAAGCCAUUACCGCUGGAAGCAUAUCAUUUCUACGAUACCAAUAAGAGUCCGCAGUUUGAAUUGACAUAUUUUCUUCAUUCAAUAACGAUCUUUUUCGCAACUAUUAUUUACAUGUCUGUAGAUAUUUUUUUAUUACUAGUAACUCUUCACAUCUGUGGCCAGUUAGAGAACUUUAAAUGUCGAUUAGUUAAUUUGGUUUCGUGUACAAAUUUCAGUAAAGCUUUAAAUGACGUCGUAUCAUCCCACUUACGUCUUAUCAGAUUUGCCGACAAUAUUGAAAAUAUGUAUUGUGCAAUGAUGUUAAUAAUGGUACUCCAUUUCGGUAUCGUAUUUUGCCUAAGCGGCUUCUUGUUUACCCUUUUACUUACUAAUAGAAAAAUGAAUAAAACUAUUCUUGCUCAAGUAUAUUACUCAAUAAUCCUUCUUAUUAUGUUAUUGGCCAAUACUUUCAUCUAUUGUUUUGCAGGAGAACUUAUAAUGGAGGAAUGCGAUGGAGUAUAUCGUGCUACAUGUGAUCUUGAGUGGUACAAAUUAAAAGCAAGAAAGGCAAGAAAUAUUAUUUUACUAAUGAUACGACUUAACCAUCCUUUACAAAUCACUGCGGGAAAGAUUAUUCCGUUAACAAUGGCUACAUUUUGCAGCAUAAUAAAAACGUCGUCUGGCUAUAUAUCAUUUUUAUUGACAAAACAUAGUUAAAGAUUACAAUAAUAUAUUACUAUUUAUUAUUUACCAUUUACGAAGGAAAUGGAUAUGUUUGCAGCUAAAUAAUUACAAGUAUCGAACAGGUAGUUGCUAUGAUAGAAGAAAAAUUUGUAUGUGGUAUUUGUGUUUACGGUAGACUGUAAGUUACAUUAAAUAUGUAACUAUAUUAUUAAGUAUUUUAAUGUAGCAAUAUUUUCACUGUCUUCAUAAGAGUAGUUCAAUAGAGAAUAGACUGUUUGUACAUAACGUUUGAA